AUGCAACCGUCGCGAUCAGCGCGAAGCGGCAGCGGCAGAUUUAAAGUUCCAUUUGCGAGAGGUCCGUUGUUAUCAGGAGAAGGAGAGCGAUGCUGUUUCGGGCUUGCAAGCAGGUCAUCGAGUGUGCGUUGCCGGGCGUCCACGUCACGUGGCCCUGACGACCAAUCAGAGGCAGAAGCUGUGCCAUCACGCGAGCAUGCCAAGGCGGGUGACGCGGUGCUCGCCUCGGACAGCGUGGAUAACGCAGAUCGGCCUUCCCAAGGGCCAGGCGGCGGCAGCAGCAACGGGGGUGCGGCGAGCAACAGCGCCUUCCUUGCCGCAGGCCCCACGCGUCCCGCGUCUCUCGCCACGGAGCCCUCUCCCGCCACUGCCUCCGCGCCUGCUGUGGGGGCUGCAGGAACAGCGCGCGGGGACGAUGGUGCAGGAGGGGGGACAGAGAAGGCAGAGGAGGCGGGGGAGGAGGGGGAAGAGGGUGAGGAGGAGGAAGAUGGGGAGGAAGGGCGGGAAGGGGAGGUUCGUCGCACGUUGUG